UCUGUUGUUGGGGAGUAUGGGCUCCCGGGUUCGUAGGCUUCAGUAGUUGGAGUUGUGGAGCAUUGACUCAGUGGCUUUGCGGAACGUGGGAUCUUCUCAGACCCGGGAUCAAACCCCUGACCCAGAUUCUCAACCACUAGACCACCUCAUUCCGUUUUCUGAACAGGUUUGCUGGAUGGGAGGUGAUCUCCAGGUUUCCUGAGUUAAAGCAGUGCUCAGUGGUUAAUCCUGGGUCCGGUGGCAUCCUGGUUGGGUCGCCAUGUUUUCAAAAUGCCAAAAUAAUCCCAGUUUGCACCUGAGGAGUAGGUUAAUUGUUGGAAAAACUACAUUUAUCUUAUGCUGAUGAUCAGUAGUGGUCAUCGCUGUAACCUUUUUAUUAUUUAUGAGAACAGGAGGAGCUGAGACAGUUAGCUUUCUCAGUUCCUGGAUGAAACCACAAAGCCGAGAUAAUUGACAUGCCUGAAGUCAUGCAAGUAAUGGCAGGGCUGGAUCUAGGACCAGGGCUUUUGACCGUUGGAGAAAGAAGCAUCCACCUAUGAAGACCGCGCAGACAGUCCUGAAUAGUAAUCGUGAAUGGUGUGGCUGCCAGACUAGUUCUGCUGAGCAUCUGAAAUGAACCUCUCCUAUUGAUUGUUUCAGUUGGCCCCGAGCCAGGAGUACUGGGUUUGCUUGACUUCAGGAUAAAAAGAAACGGACUUGGUUAUCAUCAUAAACAUAUGAACCAGUGUGAUGGUGAAAUGAGAUGAGGCUCCGAAAUGGAACUGUAGCCACUGUUUUAGCAUUUGUCACCUCGUUCCUCACUUUAUCUUGGUAUACAACAUGGCAAAAUGGGAAAGAAAAAGUGAUUGCUUAUCAACGAGAAUUUCUUGCUCUGAAAGAACGUCUCCGAAUAGCUGAACAUCGAAUCUCUCAGCGCUCUUCUGAGCUCAGUGCCAUUGUACAGCAAUUCAAGCGUGUAGAAGCAGAAACAAACAGAAGUAAGGAUCCAGUGAAUAAAUUUUCAGAUGAUACCCUAAAGAUAUUAAAGGAGUUAACAAGCAAAAAGUCUCUUCAAGUGCCAAGUAUUUAUUAUCAUUUGCCUCAUUUAUUGCAAAAUGAAGGAAGCCUUCAACCUGCCGUGCAGAUUGGAAAUGGACGAACAGGAGUUUCAAUAGUAAUGGGAAUUCCUACAGUGAAGAGAGAAGUUAAAUCUUACCUCAUAGAAACUCUUCAUUCCCUUAUUGAUAAUCUGUAUCCUGAAGAGAAGUUGGACUGUGCUAUAGUAGUCUUCAUAGGAGAGACAGAUACUGAUUAUGUAAAUGGUGUUGUAGCCAACCUGGAGAAAGAAUUUUCUAAAGAAAUCAGUUCUGGCUUGGUGGAAAUAAUAUCACCUCCUGAAAGCUAUUAUCCUGACCUGACAAACUUAAAGGAGACAUUUGGAGAUUCUAAAGAAAGAGUAAGAUGGAGAACAAAGCAAAACCUAGAUUAUUGUUUUCUAAUGAUGUAUGCUCAGGAAAAAGGCACAUACUACAUCCAGCUUGAAGAUGAUAUUAUUGUCAAACAGAAUUACUUUAACACCAUAAAGAAUUUUGCACUUCAACUUUCUUCUGAGGAAUGGAUGAUACUUGAGUUCUCCCAGCUGGGAUUCAUUGGUAAAAUGUUUCAAGCACCCGACCUCACUCUGAUUGUGGAAUUCAUAUUUAUGUUCUAUAAGGAGAAGCCCAUCGACUGGCUCUUGGACCAUAUUCUGUGGGUCAAAGUCUGCAACCCGGAAAAAGAUGCAAAACACUGUGAUCGACAGAAGGCAAAUCUGCGAAUUCGCUUCAGACCGUCCCUUUUCCAACACGUUGGUCUGCAUUCUUCACUCACAGGAAAAAUUCAGAAACUCACGGAUAAAGAUUACAUGAAACCAUUACUGCUCAAAAUCCAUGUAAACCCCCCUGCAGAGGUAUCUACUUCUUUGAAGGUCUACCAAGGUCAUACACUGGAGAAAACUUACAUGGGUGAGGACUUCUUCUGGGCUAUAACCCCAGUAGCUGGAGACUACAUCCUAUUUAAAUUCGACAAGCCAGUCAAUGUGGAAAGUUAUUUGUUCCAUAGUGGCAACCAGGAACAUCCAGGGGAUAUUCUGCUCAACACAACGGUGGAAGUUUUGCCUUUGAAGAGUGAAGGUUUGGAAAUCAGCAAAGAAACCAAAGACAAACGAUUAGAAGAUGGCUAUUUCAGAAUAGGGAAAUUUGAAAAUGGUGUUGCGGAAGGGAUGGUGGAUCCCAACCUAAACCCCAUUUCGGCCUUCCGACUUUCAGUUAUUCAGAAUUCUGCUGUUUGGGCCAUUCUUAAUGAGAUCCAUAUUAAAAAAGUCACAAACUGACCAUCUCUACUAAGAAACCAACACAUUUUUUCCCUGUGAAUUUGUUGAUUAAAGACAGCUGAGCACGUACCUUUUUUUGGUAACUUGAAUUCUACCUCUCGCGAAAUCUACUGUAGAUAAAAUGAUUGUCAUAUUUCCACUUGGAAAAUGAAUCUCCCACGGAUAAUUGUAUUCAUUUGAAUCUAAGCUGUCCUCCAGUUUUAACUCAACUCAAACGUUUUACAGUUAUGACAGCCUGUUAAUAUGACUUGUACUAUUUUGGUAUUAUACUAAUACAUAAGAGUUGUACAUAUUGUUACAUUCAUUAAAUUUGGGAAAAAUUAAUGUUAAAUACAUUUUAUGAAGGGGGUACUUUUGAAGUUCAUUUAUUUUAGUAUUAUAGACCCUCUUUUAUAGAUGAUCAGGGAUUAUAUAUAUAUAAAUAUAUAAAUAUACAUAAAAUGUUAUGGAGUUAAUUUAUUAGAAAUACUUAAGAAGUACAUAUUUUUGUGCAGUAAAUUUUUGAAUCAAUACUUUUUUUGAAAACCAGUUACCUUGCUUUUUUAAGUUCUUUCUAUAUUUUUCUUUGGAAAUGCAAACAUUACGAGUUAAUGCCAUUUUUCAAAUGCACUGCCAUUUAAGAAUGAUUCUAGAUUGAUUUCCUAACUGAAGUACUUUUAUAAUCACAAUGAUUCUGAGCAAAAUAUUUUCAAAGCCGUUUGUCAUUCCUUAAAGCCAGGAUUUUAAAGACCAAUGUCCUUCUUGAGGGUUAUUUUACUAUACUGUGUAUGGUGUAUAGCCACAAAAAUCAGUCUGAUAAAUUUUAAUGUGCAAGGGUGAUGCAUUUCAACCCAAAUUACCAUAAACUGAAGUCAUUACAUUUCCUCUGAUAUGCAAAAUGACAAACUCUUCUUUCUGUAUUAAUCUUCGUCUAAAAUCCACGAAUUAGAUGCAUUUUCUCUUGAGGCUUUUAUACCUGCACUCAUUCUGAGUUCUGACAAAAUGUUUUCUAGGUAAUGCUGUUGUACAAGUCACAACUGGUUUAGUUUUAAAGAAAAAUGUAAUUGUAAUGGUGGGUUUUUGGCGAAAGGUAUUGUAACAGGUGUAUGUUUUUCAAAGUAAUUUAUUCUGUUGCAGUAUGAACUGUAAGUAAAUUCACAUCCAGAGAGUAUUUAUUACUCUUAAACUUGCAAUUCCACAUGAUGUCACUACUGUAGACAAAAAUAUUAUCAGCUUUAGCAGUCAGUGAUCUUAACGGAAGUCUUUUACAAAAUUACGAAUUAUCAACAUCAGUUCCCAGCCACCGCGGUGUCCUCAGGUGGGUUGCAGGCAGCUACAGGUGUGCAGAGCUUAAACCCUCUGGGCUUUCCGAAUAGCCCAUGGCCGAGGCCUUGGGCGCUGGAGGUUCUAGCUGGUUGCCUUUAGCCUGGAGAAGUGUCACCUAUACCCAGCAGGCUGAACAAAUAGCUUUCAAACAGCUUAUUUUCUGUACAGGGUCAUGCAGUGAAAAAGGAUGGAAAACACAGAUAGGGUACAAUUUUUUUCCAUUACUUGAAUGGUUCUUGAUUUAAAAGUUACACGUUGCCAACCACGAUUAUUUUUAUGUCAAAGUCUAGUUAAACAUUUUCCUCAAGGUUUUUAAAAUUUACUUCGUAUUUUCUUUAAUUUACCUUUUCUUCCCAACUCUCCUUGGCCCAGUGCCUGGCAAGGAAAUUUCACUGGAAAAGCAUAGCCUCUCAUUAUAAAAUAUUGGAACCAGCUUCACAUACUAAAUUGCUGCUCUAACAACCAAGUGGCAGGAGGUAAAAAUCUGGGGGUGGGUUUAGAACCCCCUUGUUUCUCUGCUUCCCGAGUAGCCGACUGUGACUUGAGGAAGAAAGGCCAUGCUCUGAGAGUCCAAGGACUGGCAGUAAGUGCAGCUCCUGGCCCUUUGUUAGGGUGCAUGUCUUGCGACUGAGCCUUAUCCAGGCAGCUCUGCAGAGCUGAGGGUGAAAACUUACUAGCUCAUCCCUCCUGUUCCUAAGAAGAGUUUUAGCCACGUUUUGUCUUUCAAGGACUCCCUUGUGCACCCCUUCCUUCCUGUGAAUUUGUUACCAGUGCCUCAUUGAGCCCAGAACACUGCCUGACACACGGCAGGUACCCAGGCAGGGUCUGCGGGAGGGGACCAGCUCUUCCAGCCCACACUCCUCUUCCUUUUCCUGAACUCUCUUCCGCUGCUGUCCUUGCCACACACUUGCACGCGCGUGCACACACACAUGGUCUCAACUGUCUAGUUUCUGUUUGUGGGGUGUGUGUGCACAGACAUGUACUCACUCUGACCAAAUGUCAAGCUCCCGUGGGCAAGCGUGUAUGUCAUGCUUCCUGCCCAUCCCCUGCUGUACAGGUGUCCAUGGAGUCUCUUGUCUGCUGAGCGCUCCUCCCCUGAUUUCCACUAGACAAUUAGAAGCUUGCCAAGAACAGGCAAUUCUAGUGGUUGCCCUUAAGAAUCAUGUUAGGGACUGAAGUAUUGGGACAGAAGAUUAGGGAACUUGGAACAGAGAGAAAGUAAAUACUUGACCUUGAAUGGAUGCUGAACCACUUUUGCCCAAAGAGUGAGUGGGGAAAAACUGUGUCAAAUGUGGGACUAAUUUUACUUUUCUGUGUGUCUGUGGCAUGAUGUCGCUGGAGCUCUGCUGUCCUCUACAGUAGCCACUGGACAACCGGGCAGCUACUUAAUAAAACACUCAGCUCUGUAGUCACACUGGCCCUCCCUAUGGCUAGUGGCCACUGGAUCGAACAGCACAGAUAUAGAACAUCUCCAUCAUCCCAGAAAAUUCUUUAGGACAGCACUGUGUCAAGAGUGCUAAUAUGAACAUUUUAAAAUUCAGAAUAAUGAGUUGCAAUCAUGAAGCUACAAGCAGACAUGCAGAAUAUGUCAUAGUGUAAAUGAUGAUGAGUAUUUGCAGAGAGAAGAGAAAGUUGAGGACCUAUUUCUAGGUUUCUGACAUCCAGUUCUAAAUUCCUUGCUCUCAGUCUCAUGCGUUCUUUACGGCAUUCACUGUCUCUGCUAUUGGAGUCCAGUUAAGAUCUACAACUUGAAGUUGAGGUUCCAAAGCUUGUGAUUGACAAACUUUGGAAAACACGAAUGCACGUGGAUUCUUUAGCACGCAGGCUCUAGACAUGUAUGUAUAGGUUAAUUCAACUGUUGGAGGUGUCUUUUAUAGCUUUUUUAGAUCAACAACUGCAUCAGUAAAUAAUUAGAAAAACGUCA